AUGACUGAAAAGUCUACGAGUUCCGGUAGUUCGAGCGGUAAAAGUUCGCGAAACCCUAAAAGUGAAAUCGCGGGCAAUACCGAAGACGACGGAGUUUCGAUCGCAGUACAUUCCACGUUUACAAUCGAACCUUUUGACCGCCAUAAAAUGAAAUGGUCACGCUGGGUAGAAAGAUUCGAAGGUGCUUUGCAGCUUUUUGGUGUCCGGGAGCAGACGAAACUCCCCAUGUUGCUACACUACAUGGGCGCGGAAACGUACGACGUAGUUUCCGAUAAGUUGGCACCUGCUAAGCCUAAGGACCAGGCAUACGCCGCCAUUGUUAAAAUACUUGAAGAACACUUUAACCCCGAGCCGCUGGAAAUAGUGGAAUGUGUAAAUUUCUUGUUUCGGAGGCAAUGUGCUGAAAGAGAAGACGAAACAAUAAAUGAGUUUCUAGUAGCCCUCCGAAAAUUAGCCAUGACGUGUAAUUUUGGUGAUUAUUUGAAUAACGCACUCCGAAACCAGCUAGUAAUCGGAUUAAAAAGUGAUGCUAUACGUGCGCGUCUCCUAGAAGUUCGAGGCCUAACGCUAGAAAAGGCUCGAGAUAUUGCUGUGUCGAUGGAAUUGUCGGUAAAAGGGGGUUACGAAAUCCGAUCACUCCAGUGCAAAUCGGAAGUGAGCUUGGUAGAGCAUCAAUAUGCGAAAAGUGCCAGUGCUAGAUCAAGAAUCGCCAAACCUGGAACAACUUCUGUCGGCAUUGUGGUCGUCGCGGCCAUUUGCAGAAAGUGUGCUUACAAAAAAAACGCGAACAAAAGUGACACCAACCAAUUGGAGGAGAGCAGAAGAGAGAACGCGAGAGAAGAUGUACAAGCAGAAGAAAUAUGUGGGGUUUACAGUGCUGCCGAUUUCCGGUGUAAAGUCGGCAAAUUCUGGCUACAUCUGUCAAUUGACGGAGUAAAAACGGAAUUCGAAAUUGACAGCGGCUCUCCGGUGAGCAUCAUUAGUGUUCACGAUCAACAACAGCUGUUUCCCACAAUGCGUUUGCAGCAACCCGAUCUCGAGCUAGUGAGCUACAGUGGAAAUGCGAUCGAACUGUGUGGUAUGAGUGCCGUUCGCGUAGAAUACGAGAAUAAAAAACACGAUUUGCUGUUGUACAUUGCGAAGAAUCGAAAACAUCCGCUGUUGGGCCGCAGCUGGAUGAAAGUGUUGAAACUAAAGCUAGAAAAGUUCUACGAUUGUGUGGGUGCAAUUUCGGAGACGGGACACACAUCCAAAAAUGCAACAGAUGCUGUAAAAGUGUUGAUAACACGGUAUGCAAAUAUUUUCGAGAAGUCAAUGGGCAAAAUUACGGGCCUUUUGGCGAAAUUGAAGUUGAAACCAAAUACGCAACCGGUGUACAUAAAAGCCCGACCAAUACCAUUUUCCAUAAAAAGUGCAGUUGAAGAGGAAAUAAAAAAAUUAGUGGAAGCGGGCGUUCUGAUUAAAGUAAAUCAUAGUGAGUGGGCCACACCAGUGGUCCCAGUGAAAAAGUUGAACAACAAAGUGAGAUUGUGUGGGGAUUACAAGCUGUCGGUAAACCCAAGCAUCCUGGUGGAUGACCAUCCCUUGCCUACCGUCGAAGAGUUGUUCGCAAAUGUUGCUGGGGGAGAUAAGUUCUCUAAAAUAGAUCUUUCCCAAGCAUAUUUGCAGCUUGAAGUAGAGCCGAAGGACCAGGAGAUCCUUACUUUAAGCACGCAUUUGGGGUUGUACCAACCGACAAGAAUGAUGUAUGGUAUCAGUUCGGCACCAGCAAUUUGGCAGCGGCUGAUUGAAGAAGUGCUGAAUGGGAUUGAAGGAGUCACUGUGUUCAUCGAUGACAUUCGUGUUACGGGGCCAAAUGAUGAAAUGCAUCUGCGACGUCUGGAAGAAGUGUUUAGACGAUUAAGUGAAUACAAUAUGCGAGUGAACCUUGAAAAGUGCCAGUUUUUUGCAAACCGCAUAGAAUACUGCGGCUACAUGAUAGAUCGUGAUGGUAUACAUAAAGUGCAGAAGAAAAUAGACGCUGUCCAGAACAUGCCUGUGCCACAGAAUAAAGACCAAGUGCGCUCAUUUGUGGGACUAGUAAAUUACUAUGGACGAUUUUUCCCACAUCUGAGCACCACGAUCUAUCCGCUGAACUGUCUAUUGCGCAACGAUGUACAUUUUCAAUGGACCAAAAAGUGUGAAGAAGCGUUUCGAAAAGUGAAAGAAGAGAUGCAGUCAGAUCGGUUUUUGGUACAUUAUAAUCCUGGAUUGCCGUUGGUACUUGCUACGGAUGCAUCACCCUACGGAGUCGGUGCCGUUUUAAGCCAUAUCUUUCCCGAUGGUACAGAGCGGCCGAUUCAAUACGCAUCACAGACUUUAAACGAAACGCAGAGGAGGUACAAGCAGGUUGACCGCGAAGCAUAUGCUAUCGUUUUUGGAAUACGUAAGUUCUACCAAUAUCUCUACGGGAGCAAAUUUGUACUGAUUACCGACAACCAGCCGUUGAAGCAGAUUUUUUCGGAAACCAAAGGGUUGCCUACUAUGUCUGCUUUGAGGAUGCAACAUUACGCUACCUUCUUGCAAUCUUUUAAUUACUCUAUAAAAUUUCGUCCAACUAAAGAUCACUGCAAUGCUGACGCUUUUUCGAGAUUGCCUGUCAGUACAAAGGCUCCAGAUAACGUCGUCGAGGAGGUAGAUCUGGUGGAAGUGGACAUAAUCGAAACACUUCCGCUAACGGUUGACGAUCUUUGUAAAGCGACUGCAAAAGAUGGUUCCGUCAAAGUGCUUAUACAAGGAUUGAAGAACGGUAAAAUAGUAGAAGCUAAAGACAGGUUCGGGAUUUCCCAAGAAGAAUUCAACCUACAGCAAGGAUGCAUUAUGCGAGGAAUUCGUGUAUACAUACCGUCUAGUUUGAGAGAACAGGUUCUCUCGGAACUACAUUCAACACAUUUUGGGAGUACUCGAUUGAAGACGCUCGCGAGGGGAUACGUCUGGUGGGAGCGCAUUGAUAAGGACAUCGAAGACAUGGUACGAAAUUGUGCAUCGUGUCAACUUACUCGCCCCGAUCCCGUUAAAGCGCCGUUGCAUUGUUGGGAGCAACCUAAUCAACCGUUUGAAAGGGUACACGUCGACUUCGCAGGGCCUUUCCUUGGCAGUUACUUUAUAGUGUUCGUGGACGCGUUCACAAAAUGGCCUGAGGUCAAAAUAUUGCGUGACAUAACAACAAAUACAACCAUUCACGCCUGUAGAGAGUUUUUUGCGACUUUUGGAAUACCGUCUGUACUAGUCAGUGAUCACGGAGUACAAUUUAAGUCAGCCGAUUUUCAGAGUUUUCUGAAACUUAACGGUAUCUUUCAUAAGAUGGGAGCCCCGUACCAUCCAGCGACAAAUGGCCAGGCUGAACGCUUCAUUCAAACCCUGAAAGGGAAAAUGAAAGCGCUAAAUUGCGACAAAUCUAGAAUGCACACGGAACUUUGUCAAAUUCUGCUGAGCUACAGGAAAACCAUACACCCUGCAACAGGAAAAUCGCCGUCCAUGAUGGUCUUCAAUCGUCAAAUACGUUCAAGGUUAGAUUUGAUGAUACCUGAUCCUAAGGCAAAAACCAACGAUCCAGAAAUCAAGAUACGAUCAAUUCCUGAAGGGGCGAGAGUUGCUGCUCGUGACUAUUUGGAUCGAACCAAAUGGAAGUACGGUCACGUUAUUGAAAAACUGGGCAAACUUCAUUACAACGUACAACUGGACGACAACAGAACCUGGAAACGACAUAUUGACCAACUGCGAGAAGUUGGAGCAAACUUAGGAAAGCCGGCUCAAACAUCUCAAGAGUUUCCGGAGCAUUUCGAUCCGAUUCCUACAAAAACAGCUUCGGAAAGAAAUGACGCCGUAGAAGAGCCAAGGGUUGAGUUAUCGACGGAAAACCUUUCGACUACCGCUUCGGGUGAUAUUCAGGAGCCGUCCAAUGCAGUCACUAUGGACUCCCCUGCUAUCGACCAACCAUUACUCAGGAGAUCCACUCGGAUUGGUCAACAACUCCAAAGGCUUAACCUGUAG